AGGGUGCCAGUCAAUAAGCAAACCCUGAGCUGACRGCUAACGUGAUGAGAUGAAGUGCUGUGUCGGAGUCAGAAACAGCCAGAGCAGCAGUCUGCUGGAGGGGGACUGAGAGCGAAGAAGGACGCAGUGUGGGCGGGAUAAGGAACGCCGAGAGGGAGGGGACGUCAGCGUAAUAUUCCCAUCGUUUUUUCUUUUCUUUUUUUCCCCCCUUGUUCCACAUUACACCUCCUUCCUGACUCUACUAACCCCCGGCUGCGCGUCAUUUUUUCGGGCUUCAGGAGCAGAGCCUCCCUUCUUCUUCUUCUUCUUCACCUGGAGGUUUUGGAGCUCAGCCCUCCGGGGUUUGCCGAGCCGAGCGGCAGGGGCGUGAGAGGCGGAUGCUGCGAGUGUAGAAGCAGGUACCAACAACCGGGAGCAUCACCGCGCUCAGCACACGAUGGACAGAAUGAAUUUUCUCUCCUUCCUCCUCCUUUGCUUGACUUCGGUUGCCAAUGGCAACAAAGCCAAUAAGCACAAGCCAUGGAUCGAGACAGAGUACCAGGGGAUUGUUAUGGAGAACGACAACACCGUCCUGCUCAACCCCCCUCUUUUUGCCCUGGACAAAGAUGCCCCACUUCACUAUGCUGGUGAAAUCUGCGGUUUUCGGGUUCACAAUGGCCCCUUGGGUUCAGGAUCAGUCCAGUUCGAAGCCGUGGUUCUGGACCGCUCCACCGGUGAGGGUCUGGUCCGGUCCAAAGAGCCGCUGGACUGCGAGAGCCAGCGUGAGCACAGCUUCACCAUCCAGGCCUACGACUGCGGCGAAGGACCUGAUGGAGUCAACAGCAAGAAAUCCCACAAGGCCACCGUGCACGUUCGUGUAAACGACGUCAACGAGUUCUCCCCCGUGUUUGUCGAGCGUCGCUACGAGGCUUCAGUCCCAGAGGGGCGUCUGUUUGACCGGAUUGUACGCGUGGAGGCUCUGGAUGCCGACUGCUCCCCGCAGUACAGCCAGAUCUGCUUCUAUGACAUCAUCACUCCCAAUGUGCCCUUCGCUAUUGACAACGACGGUAACAUUAAGAACACUGAGCCUUUGGAUUCAAAGCGGCAGCGCGUUCACACUUUCUGGGUGACCGCCUUCGACUGUGGGAAGAAUCGCGCUCAGGCUGAYGCCCAGGUUGUCGUCACGGUCAAGCCGUCCUGCAAACCCGGCUGGAUCGGAUGGACAAAACGUGUAGAGUACACACCAGGGUCAGGAAGCAUCCCUCUGUUCCCCAGCCUGCAUUUGGAGACCUGUGAAGAGACAGUGUGGAACAUCCAGGCCACCGUAGAGCUCCAGACCGGCCACAUUGGGAAGGGCUGUGACAGAGACAGUUAUUCUGACAGAUCUGUGCGUCGCUUGUGUGGUGCUGUCAGGGGCGAAGUGGACCUUCUCCCACCUCCAUCUCCGGCAGCUAACUGGACCGCCGCUCUGCCCACUCUUCCCUCUUCUGAUUCAUCUCUGGUCUUCUCCUUCAACGGGUCAAAUCAUGUUGCAGCCGUGCCGGAUCCGAUCGUGUCCACGCUAUCAGGAGACCAUUUCACCCUUCAGCUGUGGAUGCGUAGGGGGGCUGCCAACAGCCAGUCUUCAACCACUCAGUCUAGGGGAAACCGCAAGGAUGAGGAGACGAUUGUCUGCAGCACUGUUAAGAAUGAUGACUCCUACUCUCAUUACGCCCUCUCCGUUCACGGCUGCCGGCUCUCCCUCUUCUAUUGGCCCGACGUCUCGGCAGCACGGCCCGUCAAGUUCUUGUGGAAAUUGGAGCAGGUGUGUGACAGCGAGUGGCACCACCUCUCUCUCAGUGUCCAGUUCCCAUCAGUGACUCUCUAUGUGGACGGUGUGACCUUUGACCCCGCUCUCAUUCACGACAAUGGGGCCAUCCCCAACCCUGCACCCCGUCAGAGGAUGCUCAUCGGCGCCUGCUGGGCAGAGCCUGAAGAAAAGCAGAAGGAGAUUCUAAACAACACAAUCCCAGAGGGGAAAGACUCAGGUGACCUACAUGUUUCACAAAGUUUGAAGUAUGUGGGCGGCUACCAUGGGCUGCUGUCGGGGGUGACGGUGCGUCCUGGCAGCGUGGAGCCUCAUAGCGUGGUGGAGUGUCUGUACGCCUGCAGGGAGGGGCUGGAUUUUGGAGAUCUGGAGACCCUGGGGUCUGGAAUGAAGGUCCACGUGAACCCGAGCCAGUCUGUGUUGGUGCUGGAGGGUGACGACAUUGAGAGCUUCAACCGGGCCGUGCAGCAGGUCACCUACAGAAACUCGCUUCGCUUCGCCACUCCAGGAGUCCGUCCUCUGAAGCUUACCACCUCCCUGAGAUGUUUCAAUGAGGAGAGCUGCCUGUCCCUCAAGCAGCUCGAAGGAUAYCUGGUGGUUCUCCAACCCGACGCCCCUCAGAUCUCUCUGUCUGGGGUCGGUCCACAUCUGGCCCGUCCAGCUCCUGAAUUUGAAGGUCCCCGCGGCGUUCCACUGUUCCCAGAGCUCCGGAUCGUCUGCUCACUGUCGCAUGCUGUCAACACAGCUGCACAGGGGAUGGAGGGAGGAGCUCUGAUGUCUGACGCCGUGGCUCACACUUUGGAUGGUUGCGAGGUUCAGCCGCUGGGGGAGGAGUUAAACCCGGAGAGGGAGGAGCUUCUGGUGGACAUGGACGUUGUGCGAGAGCGAGGAUUGGAAAUCAUUAACACGACUGCUUACAUUGCAAUUACAGGUGCUGAAUCUAUCUCUGUUUACGAGGACGUCCUUCGCUCAGUUCGAUACCGCCUCGCCAAAGGCUCUGCUCGCUUUGAAAGGAGGUUCCGCCUGUCCUGCUCUGAGAUGAACGGCAGAUACACGAGCAACGAGUUGACUCUGGAGGUGAACUUCCUCCACUCCUUGGACAGCUUGUACCACCCGUCCCACCUGCUGGCCUCAAAGCAGCAGUUCCUCCUUCAGUCCCACCAUGCUGGAGAGCUGAGCGGACACAYUUUGCCCAAUCCACACCGCAACUCAGUGGUUCCAGGAGCGGCUACCGUCAUCAUCAUGGUGUGUGUGGGUUUUCUGGUCGUCAUGGUGAUCUUGGGUGUCUUCCGAAUUCGCUCUAUCCACCGCCGAGGAGAUGGCGCCAGGGGCGGGCCCAAGGAGGGGAGCAGCCAAUGGGAUGACUCCGCACUCACCAUCAUUGUCAACCCGAUGGAGUCCUACGAGUCUCGUAUGGGCAUCUCUGCCGACACGGAGGGGGAGGAGGACGAGGAGGCAGCGGAGUCGCCCGACGACGGCAGCGACGACCAGCGAAUCAUCAUCAAGAAGGAGGGCAGGGACGGAAACGCCCGCCGCUACUGARCCUAUCUCUGCACGAGUCCUCAUGGAAACCACAACUCACCAGUCACACACUCCAACACUUUUAAUAUGCUGACACCACAUGUAUAAGGAAUGUACGCUUACAAAACACAACGCACAACACAAUCACUGUAACACCCAAUGCCAUAUGUGACCUAUAGCCGACAACAGGCUGUUGUUCUCCACCUAAAUGUUCAAUGGCACAAUGUAUACAGUUAAUGUAAUCYAACCGCCUAAAUAAACCCCACCAAAAUUAUAUGUGGUGCACUAGAUCUAAAUCACAACAUGGUGACGUGUCUGUAUAGUGCAAUGCUGGUUGAAAGGGACUGUUUUGUUUAAAGUAAAAUAAAAAAGGAUUGUAUUCUUUGUUUAUUGGAGGAAAAAUAAGUGAGAUCUGCAAAACUGGAACAAGGGUUUUAGUCAAUUCUUAGGCAAAGACACGAUCCUUGAUCCCAUACAUGUUUGAAGUUCUUUAUUAGACUGACUCAGAAAGUCUGUGCACAAGCUCUUUUCUCCCUCUUUUCACCAUCUUCUGAAAUAUGCUUUAACCUCCACUGAGUGAAGACAGUGCAGUCGGGCCUCUGGUCACAUAUUUAGGUUCAUUCCCAGUUUGUUAUGGUGAGAUUAGUUUCAUUGCAUCCUGGUUUCAUUCUCCCUGGAUCUCCUGACAAUGUUGGACCAACCGCAGACCUCAACCUUUCACACAAGCUCUACAUCUGCGACGCAYCAUGAAUCACAGAAUAAACCUCCUGAGCGUUUAUUCAGCGCUCAGUGUCGUGUGUCAGCCACUUCAAACUGGAGUCUUCGCAGAGUAAAAUGUAAAAUGACCUCUGACCUUUGACCCCAUCUGCUGGAUGACACAUGCAAAACACACACACACACACACACACACACACACACACACACACACUCACACACAUACACACACACACACACACACACACUCAGUCCAUAACGCUACCUAUGUUGUUUCCAGAAUGUCCGCUCAGCUUGGGCAGUUUUGAUUGUAUUGAUUGUAAUGAAUUUUCUGUACAUAUGAUGAAUAUUAACAAUAUUAUUGUUAUAUCUAUUAUUCUUGCGUUCACUCUUUCUCUUUUCUGCACAUUUUCAAGAGGGAGCAUAUUAUGAUUUUUUUUCAUUGAAAGAAUCACCUUUCCAGCAUCAGAAAAUAGUAUAAUAAGAAUAAUAAUAGUAGUAGUGAUAAGGAUGAUCAUCUCUGGCUUGAUGAGUGUCUCUUUAUUUGUGUGUAAUAUUGUUGUAAUUUAAGAAUUUGUCCAUAUAACUAAAAAAAAGGAGGGCACGUUGUUGUGAUACUUCAAAACGUCUCACUCAUUUAGAAUUCAGGGUCUUUUUUUCACGUUUUACAAUAAAAUGCUUUUUUUAUUAUUAUUUUGACUUUUUUUUUAUUUCUGUCACGUUACCAUUCCAUUUAUCUUUGGUUUAAUGAAUGUACAACUGUGUGCUUCUCCUCACCUCUCCCUCCCCCACCUCCCUGCCCUUUUACCCCAUUCUCCUCUUCCUCUCCUCUCCCUCUGUGUCUCUAGCUGUCUGUCCGUGUAGCCUAUUAAUGUGCAGUGCUAAGGCUGUCAGUAAAUAAAGCCUGUUGUUUUUUGAGUGUGACGUUGAGAAGGAACAAACAUUGCAUUAAAUACCUUAUAUUAUUACUAUGUUUGAACAUUACCUGUAAUUAAUGAUACAAUGCUGAGAUGGAUUAUACUGACUUAUUGUUAUUGAGAACUGUCAGAAAACAUUGCAAAAUUCAUAAUAAAAGCACUAUAUGACGUCUCCA